AUGAGCUCUAGAGCAGAGAGGAUUGAACCAAAAGCCAGCGUAGAAUUAGCAUUUGAUAUGAGCAUUCGCUUGUGGAGAAUGGAAGUAGCUCUUGCUGUGCGAAAUCUCUUGUCUUUUGGACGCGCGUAUGAAGUUCAUUACUCACUCCCACGUCAUCCCGUGGAAAAUCUAGAGCUUACGACACAUUUUGGUCUUUCGGUGACUGCUACAAUGAAUUCACAUGUAUUUCAAGUGGAAAAGGUCGCAUCACCUCAAUAUUCAAUGGAAUUUCUCGAUAAACUAGCAGGUCGAUCGUUAACAAACACCCCUAUCUGUACUGUUGAAGCGGACGACUAUUUAGUUGGAAUCGCUACAGAAGAUCUCCUCUUGUGUCCACGAAAACUAAAGCAGCUUCAUAAAGAUGUUGCUGCUCUUGGUAAUCAAGUUACGAUCAAACAGGAACAUGGUAAAUUGUCAUGGAGGACCGUCGUCUUACGUUUUGUACGUCUAGGGACGUCAGUAAAGGCAGAUUCAAGACAAGUUCGUACUCCCGGACGUAUUCUACGUUUAUUUGAUGAAAUGACUACCCAUUACCUAAAUUUAGCCAAACGGUACGACGAGUUGAUCAAACAGGACCGAGUAGCAGUACAACGACUGCACUCAGCAAAAAAAUUGCUGAUGUACGUGAAGGUUAUGACGGGUGAUACAAAAAACACUUUGAUGCAGGAUAGAACGUUUCAAUUUACGGACAGGUUUCGGAAAUGGUAUGCUGCAAUUACCAAUAAUGAAACUGAAGAGGCUCGCAAUGUAAAUAAGCAUGCUGUCAUGACCAAUGAGCUGACGCAGCAGGUGAGAGGUACGGCAAUUCUAUUUAGUCCAGCUCAACGUCAACAUGAUUCGUACAACGGAAACUCCAGUACCCGAUCAAUCUUACGCCAGAAUAGCUCGCGAUCAUCCUCAUCGGGUGUAUUAGCUGAUGUCUCGAAUAAACGUGUGACAUUUGCUAUGGAUAGAACACCUGAGCAGAUUGCUACUGCUAAAGAAAUCGUGAAGUCUACACAGGGAUCAGCUUUGAUCCCUGCCACUCCACUUCUUCAAAAGCAAUCAAACGAAGAUAACACAUCUAUCAAAACAAGGACCUUUGGUGUGGAUGAGGGUCGAUCGUAUCUGAUGGCUCUGAUUGGUCCUAAUGUCGACCUUGUGUCAUCGCUUCAAGAACUAACAACUGCUGUUCAGACUGUGUCCUCGCUUGUCAUGAACAAGGAACUCAUAUUGGCUACAGGCCUUAAGCUUCGAUGCGAGGUGCAGUUGAGUGGACCGAAUCAACACAGUGCCCAUGUCCGGCUAGGACAUUUGUCAUUCGCCUGCACUGCUACAAUCGAUCGAGAUGCCACCGUUGGCGCACUAUCGCGGCUAACCCGAGCAAUAAGCGAACACCGGCGACUAUAUGGUGACAUGCUGGUGUACUUGAAAGGUCAAUUUGGUUUUUGUACAGCUAACAAUUCUCGAAAAGUGAAGGACGCAGCUUUUAACUACCUCAUCAAAAAAAGGAUAGUGCGGCUUCUUGAGAAGCCAAGUGGAGACCCCGACAAUGUCGUGUAUGAUGUUGUGGCUCUAAUCCAAGAAUUUCCGCUCAUACAUAGACGUGGUUCAUCCCUCCCUGGUACAAAAGGCGAAGCAGUCGAUGCACUCAUGAUAUUCUUGAUGGAAUUAGUUGACCAGUACGAAGAAAAUCUGAAUCGCGACCGCGUUAAACAGAUCAAGGCUGAAGUCGUAGCAAGCACGGAUGUGAGAGAAGGUGCUGAGGCUGACGCAAAACGCACAUGUGAUUUCAAUGAGAUGGACUACGUAUGCGAACGCCGUGAAAAUAAUAACACUGACAAGAGAGUCGCAGAGUUAAAGUCGAUGGGUAUUCUGCGCAAGCGACGUUAUGCACCGGAUGUAGAUGUUUGUGAAGACGAGCGCGGGGCUGCCCGUCCUCGCUUAUCGUAUCCCGCCCCUGAACGACAACCACUUGUACGAUCUGACAAGCAACUUUCUGAGCGAGGAGGUGACGAUGCGUCUGCUGCGAAUGUAAAAAACCUGUUUGUUGAGGAUCGAAGCGGAUCAAAUCGCGACCGUGAUACACCUUGUCGCUCUGAAGAUGAAGUAGCAAAGGCGAAGUCGGACGUGUAUCAGGGGCUGUUAAUGCUCCUAUUUCGAGACCGAGAUAAGGUUGUGGAAACUGUAAAGGCAAUCACUUGGGAUAUAAGCGCGAAGUCUGAACUUAUUGAGCUGAUGCCCAGUUUUACGAUUUGCCGGACCACUACAACGAAGAGCAACGGACUGAUUUGUUGGGAGCUUACUGCGUCAGAGAGCGUGGUUGAGGCCUGUGGAGAAGGACCGUCUGUUGAAAUUGCAAAAGAUAAGGCAGUUUUGAGUUUGGUAUAUAUGCUAGAUGGAAUCAUCCAGACGUGGAAGGCGUUGCUUUCUACGUAUAUUGAGCGUCUAGCUCGAACACCGACAACAUUGAUGGCAGGAAACGAGACACAAGCCAAAAAUCACGACAAGGUGUCGACGUCGGAAAAGCUUGUCCCACCCAUGUUCAUGUAUUUUAUUAAAGUCCGCGAUACGCUAGCAAUUUCAACUGCUUGUCUAAAUGCAAAAGAUGCUAAGCGUUCUGCUAACGAAAGAUGGCGUGACAUUCUGGAAUCGCUGAAGAAAAUGAGCUCAGCUUCAUCAUGCUUGUCGAACGGAACCAAAAAUACAGCACAUACGGGUGCGGUAUCUCAGUCUGGAGCUUCGACAGUCACUCCAGUGAAAAAGGCCAAUCUUAUUUUGUGCAGCGACGACGAGAUGGACAAUGAUGAUGAGGAUGACUACGAUAACUACUCGGAUAGAGCGUCUGAUGAGGAUGACUGGGAUCCAUCAGCCAUUAAGGCAGCUCCAGAUGCCAAUGCCGCGGCAGAACUGAAAGCUUUCGAAAGUGAGCUGGAAAAGGAGUAUUCUGAGCAGUCUGAAAGCUGUCUCUCCGACGAUGCAAGAUUCCGCGCCAUGAUUCGAAGCCUGUUCACUCCAACAGAUGAGCUAUGUGCUGGAAUCAACAGGCUUCGAGCUUCGCUGAAGUAUCGGGGAGCCGAACACAGCCGAAUUGUUCCCAAUGUAACAGCGAAUAUUAAGAUGGAGCGGCUUCAGGAAGGUAUUUUCGAAGUUUUCGUCGAUGUCAACGACGUUAUUCGCUUCAGCGCGUCGGAGAAAGCGAAGUCUGAUGCUUGUAAUGCUGCUGUUGAUGGUGUGCUGAACAAGUUGAACAGGAUUCGAUCGACCUGGGCGCAACUUCUCCAUUUUCUAGACGUAAAGUCUUUGUCUUAUGUCUCGCCUAUUGACUCGUUUCGGGACCUCAAGCUAUCCGGCAUCGCCAGUAUUACAACUACAGUAGAAGAGCCACCUCGAACACCAUCUGCAAAUGCAGAUGUCUCCUGUGUUGUACGAGUAGAUAAUUAUGUCUUGUGCCGAGCAACAUGGAAAACAGAAGGGGAGGCCCGCCGCUUGGCCGAGUGGAAGGCUGCACAAUUUUUGAUUGAUUUGAUUGACUGCGGGCUUGACUCGAAACCAAUCAAUGAAGAAGAUACAAAGAUGGAGAUUGAUGGCGAAGUAUCAAGCGUCAAAAAAUCCAUUGCUUGGUCAUGUCUGAUUCGAAUCCAGGAUGCAUCUGAUGCUAACAGCCUCCACGAGUUUCGGGUGGAUGCAUUUUGGUGCCAUACCCGCAAUGGAAUGGUGCCCAAACACUUUCCAGAUAGCCGCAGUAUCGUAGUGACACAGCGUGGAGUUGUGGUAAUGGAACGAAUAGAGACCGAGGUUCGUAAUCUUCACGAUUCAGCAAUGGCAUUUUUUUGCUUAGAAUCUGCGUAUGAUCACUGGAAGUUUGUGCGACAAUUAGUUCGUUAUUCCGACAAAAGAAAGCGCAAUUCACGUGUGCUUGCGCUGUUCAUAUCACCCCAGUGUCCGUACAACAUGUACCUGAUUCCACCAGGGGCAUCCAUCAAUAGUGAACAAAACUCGUAUUGGCCGGAAAAGGCGUUGCCUCGCUUUGGAAUUGAUCGUAAGAGUGUGGUUGGAUUUUUGACGAAAAAGAGAAUUGGCUAA